GAAUAUGCUCAAAAAGCUAUCUAUCAUCUGCUGCUAUCGCAGUGGUUUAGCUAGCCUGAGAAAUGGGUGUGUUUUUGGCAUAGUUUUUGGCAUUCGUUAGCUACAGUAUGUCAGUCGCUGGCUAGUUGGGAAAGGUCUCAACCAGUUUCUUAGCAAGCUAACCUAGCUAGGUAAUGACAGGAUAGCCAGUGUAGCUAACUUGGCUAUUUAGUAGGUAACAAACACUUUAGUUCUAGCUAGUUACGUGGCUGCCGAAGACGAGUCUGAAGUUUUCUAGCCCUUUUGUUAUGCAACACGAUAGCUAGCUAGCUAGCUAAACCAUUACAGUGUGGCUAGCUAGUUAAUAUUGUUUUCCCUUUACCUAACGUCAUAACAUGGCAUGAGCAAAACACAAUACAAUUCAUGCCUAACUUAGCUAGCAAGCUAAGUUACUUUGUGCCCAUCCAAGCAAUGAACAGCGGAAUGAACGGUUCUGCGGGCAUUAAUCAAUCAAAUGUAUUUAUAAAGCCCUUUACACCAGCAGAUCUCACAAAGUGCUUAUACAGAAAUCCAGCCUAAACCCCCAAAGAGUAAGCAAGCAAUGCAAAUGUAGAAGCACGCUGGCUUGGGAAAAACUCCCUAGAAAGGCAGGAACCUAGGAAGAAAAGUAGAGGAACCAGGAUCUAAGGGGUGACCAGUCCUCUUCUGGCUGUGUUGUGUGGAAAUUAUAAGAGUACAGAUCCAGAUAGUUAUUUAAGACGUCAAAUAAUAAUCCGUGGUUAUAGAGGGUGCAACAUGUCAGUAACUCAUGAGUAAAUGUCAGUUGGCUUUUCAUAGCCAAGCAUUCAGAGGUCGAGACAGCAAAUGCGGUGGAGAGGGAGAGAGCAGCAGGUCCGGUACAAGUUAGCACAUCCAGUGAACAUGUUAGGGUUCCAUUGCCGCAGUUAGAACAGCAGAAACUGGAUCAGAGUAUGACCAUGCGGACUGGGGACAGCCAGGAGACGCAUGAUCCUAGGGCUCAGGUCCGCCGAGAGAGAUGGGAGAAUUAGAGGGAACGUACCUAAGGUCACGGUAAUGAGGCUUAGUUCCACUCAUACAGGCAUGUCCACAGUUCUGUUGCUAUGGUUGUGUGCAGGUAUGCUAUUACGAUCUGAGAAACUUUGACAUGUUAUUUAUUUCCUUUAUACCACAGCUGUCACAGACCAACUUCUCCAACAACAAUGACUUCCGCUCAUUUCUUCAGUCACUGUGUGCCACCUUCAAGGAGUUCAAGAUGCACGAACAGAUUGAAAACGAGUGUAUCAUCGGCCUGUUGCAACAGCGCAGCUGCACUGUGUAUAACGUGCACUCCGAUAACAAGCUCUCAGAGAUGUUGUCCCUGUUUGAGAAAGGGCUGAGAAGCGUUAAGAGCGAGUAUGAGCAGCUGAACUAUGCCCGGCAACUGAAAGAGCGACUGGAGGCAUUCACACAGGACUUCUUACCCCACAUGAAGGAGGAGGAAGAGGUGUUCCAGCCCAUGCUGAUGCAGUACUUCUCCUAUGAGGAGCUGAAAGACCUCAAGAAGCAGGUGAUGGCACAGCACUGUAGCCAGCAGCGAUGGGACUGUGCAGCAGAAGUGCUGAAGGGGCUCAGUCUGUGGAGCCAGGCAGAGGAGCUGCACAAGGCCUUCAAGUAUGCUGACCACGAGAAAACUGAUGAACUAGAGAAAGAGCUGUGCUCCACCCACAUCUCCCAGCUACCUACAGAGAUCCUGCUGCAUCUGUUCCGCUACCUGGGUCCUGAGGACCUGUGUCACUGUGGCCAGGUGUCCUCAGCCUGGUCCGACCUGGCCAAGACCGGCUCUCUGUGGAGGCACCUCUACCCUGUACGCUGGGCCAGAGGGGAUCACUAUCGCGGCCCCCCAGCUGAUCUGAAUCAGGAACCGGAUGAGGAGUGGGUAAAGAGUCUGCAGGAUGAGGGCAAGGCCUACCAGGAGUGGGAUGAGGAUGCAGAUGUGGAUGAGUCUGCUUGCGUGGCAGACUUGACUACCUGUUACGCGAGGGCAGCAAGAAGCCAUGAUGAGACUUGUGAAGACUCAUUGGCUAUAAGCUCAGCUCAGAGGGAGAAGAUGCUACUGAAUGAAAUGAUCCAGAACCUUCUGCCAGCUGUGGGUUCCUCUGUCAGGUCCAUCGUUCUGGCCUACAGCUCUACGGUCUCCAGUAAGAUGGUGCGUCAGCUCCUUAGUCUCUGUCCUAAUCUCACCCACCUGGACCUCACUCAGACUGAUGUCACAGACUCCGCCUUUGACAGUUGGUCAUCUCUGGGGGCAUGUCCGUAUCUUGAGCACCUGGACCUAUCAGGCUGUGAGAAGAUCACUGACCACACCCUGAAGAAGCUGUCCAUCUCUCAGAAACGAUCUGACCGGCAAGCCAAGCUUCUGAAGAGCCUGCCUCCCAUCAGUCUGCUGGACGAGCGGAGCCUCCGUUUGGCGGGGGGCAGCCGGCAGGCCCUGAUCUUCAAGCGGCGUACGGGGAGACUGUUCAGCAGCCCCUCCAGGGUCUGGGUCCUGGACCCUUCGGAGCUGGCCGACAUCGAGGAUGCAGCAGAGUGGAACCGCCGCGGGGGAGUGUCUACCCCUGAGGGGCGAGGCUUUGUGGCGACGAAGCCAGGAGGUUCGUGUUGCUGCAGGAGGAGUAGGAGGCGGGGCCUCAGGACAAGCUAUAGCACCUCCUACUGGCAGCAGCAGUAUGGGCUUGGGGAGGCCUGCUGUGGACAUUCAACCUGCUGCACUGGUGAGAUGGCCCUGAGGACUUAUGGAGGGCUGCAGUGUUUGUCUUACACCACCAGGGGCAGUGCAGGCGCAGAGUUUUGGACUAAAUGCUCCUCUGGGGGUCAGCGGUGCCUGGAGCUUUACAACAGAACUGAUCAGUCAGACGCUCGGCGCUCGCUGAGAUUCCUCAGCCUCUCUGGAUGCUAUCGGGUUACAGACCUGGGCUUGAGGGCGCUGUCUCAGCGUGGAGGUCUUCCUCUCCUGGAGCAUCUGAACCUGUCUGGAUGUCUCCUCAUCACUGAGGUUGGGCUACAGGAGCUGGUGUCAGCUUGUCCUGCCCUCAAUGAUGAACACUUCUACUACUGCGACAACAUCAACGGUCCCCAUGCUGAUACGGCCAGCGGCUGCCAGAACCUGCAGUGUGGCUUCAGGGCGUGCUGCCGCUCUGGAGAGUGACCUUUGACCUAACCUUACUCUUUAUGAAACCCCCCCACCCCCAUCUGCACUUUAAUCCUCACCUGGGAACAUGCCAUUCAUUGUAUUUUGUCACUUCAGAUAGUUUCUACAUGAAAUGUUAAGUAAAAAGUAGAUUCCUGACAUUGCCAUUUCUAUCUGUAUUUCUUGGAAACACAUUAAUUUAGAAAAUAAAAUAUAUUGGGUGUUGGAUGAAGUAUCUGCAAAUGUAUAUUCUGGUUACUUAUUUUUGUGAUUUUGAGAAGGUGAUUUGUUUUACACUUAUGUUUGAGUUGCAAAAAAGCAGAUGGUAUACGUGAGUACUUGUUUCUGUACAACCGGUAUCCUGUCGUUUCUGACUAGUUCCACCUCUGCUCCUACUUGCUUGUUUUAGAUCACCAGUUUGCGAUUACUGUAGUCUUACUUGGUUUAUUGAAAAUAGAGAAGUCAGGAACAUCAGAUUAUUCACUGUUGUGAUGUGAGGUCCCUUCGUAGGAAAAUAAGCACCCACUAAAUGAUUUAUUAUUACACACAGCUGACAUACAUUUUAAAAUAUACAUUUUUGUUGUAAAUAGUGGUGAUUCACACGGUGGAAGAUGCUGUUGCAGCGUAAUGGGGUUUGUCAGUGACGGUUAAGAAUCUGAGGGUGCUGCACAUUUCACUACCAGAGACCACACACAUACACAUUCAACAAAGUUUAAAAUGGUAUAUUGGUUGUGGUCCUCUUAGCAAUUUAUGUAUAUUAAUAAAACCGAAAUGUAUGAUAACGCAAUUGUAGAGUUCCUUCAUGUAGUGUGCCCACUCAUGGUGAAGACUGGUUCUUAUGCUGGCAAGUGGCAACCCAUGUGAGUUAGAUCAGAGGUUCCAACACUUUUUUUUGUUUAGAGACCCAGGUGUCUUGAGGCGUGACCCACCAUUGAGCGGUGUGAAAACAUACACUGACCAAAGAAUGAGUCAAAAAUUAUCUUGGCAGCAAAGUUUUAAAGCUAAUUUCUUGCAAUUCUAUACAUUUUGGCAAGGAGCUGAAACAACAUUUUGCAGUUAAGAUAAUUUCCUGCAAUUUUAAGCAUUUUGACAUGGCUAAUUGUGUUCUUAUGCUCUAACAUAACAAAAUCAAUGGGAGCCUGAUUGUCUAGGUUUAAUUUUGUUGAUUGUAAGUUCUUAAAGAUAAUGGGCUAUUCUAAAAAAAUAUUUAGGUCACCCUGGUGGUCAGUUAACUGGUAGAAUUGUGUCAGAUGGGUACAGGCAUUUCAGGAAUAAAGAGUUAUUGUGGUUUCUGGCUGCAGUAUCUCUGAUUUCAACCUUUAAAAUGUCUUUCACAAUCCUUAUUUUUUUCCUUUGUGGCUGGAAACAUUAGAUUGUUCUGAUUUAAUAUUUACUUAAGUAUUUUCCCUUUGUCACUGUUCUUCACUGAAUCAAUGGUAAGGACUGUGAAAUUCACCCACAUUCACAUAAGCACUCCCAGGGCAGAGGGUUACAAAACAAUCAGAUAUAGAAUGAACAAAUGGAGCUGUUUUGAAAAAUAUUCCCUACUCUGAAACCCACUGUGAUUGCUAUACAUAGCACAUCCAUUGUCAGGAGACCAAUAGCCUGUUUGAACAAUCUGCACGAGAAGUUCUAUUGGUUAUGUGCAAUUUCAAAAGCAGAACAAUAAAAUGAACUUGGAUUUUAAAAA